CCUCCUUACCAUGCCUCCCGUUCCCAGCUCACCACAGAGCCUGUACAGCGGAGGCAAGUUCGUCAUGUCGGGUUCCCUCACCACCGAUCCGGCAUGGAAAUCUCUGGAGAUCUACCACGCCGAGCACGGCAACCGCCUCAACAUGCUGCGGAUGUUCAGGGAGGACCCGCACCGCUUCGACAAGUUCAGUAUAAAGAUGCAGACCCAGGAUGGAGACUAUCUGUUUGAUUACUCCAAGAACCUCCUGAAUGAGGAAAUCUUCAGGAUGCUCAUGCAACUGGCCCGUAACAGGGGUGUUGAGCAGUACAGGGACAGGAUGUUCUCAGGUGACAAGAUCAACUUUACGGAGGACAGGGCUGUUCUACACGUGGCUCUCCGCAACAGGAGCAACAGGCCCAUGAUGGUGGAUGGUGUCAACGUUAUGGAUGACGUCAAUAGGGUGUUGAAGCAAAUGAAGGACUUUACCGAGUCUGUUCGCAACGGCCAGUGGAAGGGCUACACUGGCAAGGCGAUCACUGACAUUGUCAACAUUGGCAUCGGAGGCUCUGACCUGGGGCCAAAGAUGGUGUGUGAAUCACUGAGGCCGUAUGCCAAGCCUGGCCUGAACGUUCACUUUGUGUCCAACAUCGAUGGCACUCAUAUCGCUGAGAGAGUCUUCAAGAACCUCAACCCUGAGACUACCCUGUUCAUGAUCGCGUCUAAGACAUUUACUACCCAGGAGACCCUGACCAAUGCCAACUCUGCCAAGGCUUGGUUCCUGGAGAAGGCUAGGCAGCCUCAAGAAGUUGCCAAGCACUUUGUCGCCCUGUCUACCAAUGCCGAGAAGGUCAAGGCCUUUGGCAUUGACCCCAAGAACAUGUUUGUCUUCUAUGAUUGGGUUGGUGGUCGCUACUCUCUGUGGUCUGCUAUUGGACUGUCUAUCGCCUGUUACAUCGGUUUCGAGAACUUUGAACAACUUCUCCAGGGUGCUCAUUACAUGGAUAACCACUUCCAGAAUACUCCCUUGGAGAAGAACAUCCCUGUGAUCAUGGCUAUGUUGGGUGUGUGGUACCAUAACUUCUACGGUGCAGAGACCCACGCCAUCCUGCCGUACGACCAGUACAUGAAGCGGUUUGCUGCCUACUUCCAGCAGGGAGACAUGGAGUCCAAUGGAAAGUACAUCACCCGCCACGGCCACCGCGUCAACUACACCACAGGACCUAUCGUGUGGGGAGAGCCUGGCACUAACGGACAGCACGCCUUCUACCAGCUUAUUCAUCAGGGAACCCGUAUGAUCCCAUGUGACUUCCUGAUGCCCAUGGAUACACACAACCCUAUCCAACAAGGCCAGCAUCAUGAGAUCCUGACGGCUAAUUUCCUGGCCCAGUCGGAGGCCCUGAUGCGGGGAAAGACCCGUGAGGAGGCUCGGCGUGAGCUGGAGCAGAGCGGCUACACCGGCGAGCAGCUGGAGAGGCUGCUGCCACACAAGGUGUUCGAGGGAAACCGCCCGACCAACAGCUUCGUGUUCCAGAAACUCACACCUUUCUACCUGGGCUAUCUCAUCGCCACGUAUGAGCACAAGAUCCAUGUACAGGGUGUGAUCUGGGACGUCAACUCCUACGACCAGUGGGGUGUUGAGCUCGGUAAGCAGCUAGCUAAAGUCAUCCAGCCGGAGCUGAAGGGAAAGCAGCCUGUGAACACCCACGAUUCUUCCACCAAUGGCAUCCUGAACUUCUUCAAGCAACACAGGAAGCAGUAGAUCAAGAACUGAAGAUCAGCAUCUCUUAAGUUAUACAUCUGCAGUAUCGUCAUGGAAUUGUGUGUGUAAACAAGAAAAAAGCAUUGUACAAAGAAAGCAGCUGCCAUGUCAAUGAAAAAGAGCAGUAUUCUAUGAGAUUUAUGUUGUGGAAGCUAUUGAGGAUUGAGCGUAGUAAUGCUUAAGGCUAUUGUAGAGCUACAUUGAGAGGAGAGCAAGGAAGGUAAAAGGACAGGGAGGUGAAAAAAUGAUUGUAGCAAACUGGCGCAUGUUGAGCAAGCUGUGUCUUCUUGCAAAUAUUGAAAGAUUUUUUAAGGUCCGGUGGGGUUUGAAAAAAGUAUAUGGAAGGCUUGAUAUGUGUUACUUGUCUUGUACAGAUGCAAGAAUCAAUAAAGACAUUCAUUUCAAAUAGUCUAAAAAAAAAGGAGCAAAUAUGCUUAGCAAAAAAGUAGGCAGCUGGAUUUGCUUUGCUUUUUCUUCGCUUUGCAAAUGUUAUAACAUAUCUGGCUUGAUGCAACAGUGUAGGUAGCAUGUAUGUAGGAAAAAUGGUGACUUGGUGCUAUAAGGUAACAAAACCAAUGCUAUUUUCCUUUAUAGGCAACAGUAAACCUAUGAUGGUAAUACAUUGGUACUGUGAAACAAAGGGAACAACAGUUAGGCAGCUUUUGUCAACAACCAGACUACAGAGACAUGUUUCCUGAUGUCUUGUUUAACACAAUUGUAGGUUGAAGAACUGAACAUAACAAACAUAUCUGAACCACAUCCUUCCAUAAAUAAAGACUUACAUUAGUGCCAAUUAACCAAUCUGUGUCCAUGUUCAUCACAACACUGGAGCCUGAACACUGGUAAUACUGUGUGACAGUAUUGUGCAAUUCAUUGAGGUAAAAAGAAAGUUUUAGUAAGAGUAUUUUACCCAAUACCCCAUAUAGCAACUUCUGUGCAUGUCUAUGUGAGUUGUACAUCAAGUUCUAACCAUGGUGGGAAUAAAUGGAUUCUAUUUAAG